CUUCAGCCGCCACCGCAAAGAGAAAGCGAAAGCGAAAGGAGAAGGGGCAGCCUCCGAACCGGCGGCGGAGACCAGAGCGCAGCGCCAUGAAGCCCCUGUCCUUGCUCCUCGCCCUGGCUUUGGGCCUGGCGCGCGCGGCCUGGGCCGGACCCGCCGCGAUCGAAUGCUGGUUCGUGGAGGACCUGGGCCGGGGCGCCCUGGAAAAGAGACCCGCAGCGCUGCUGCUGCGCCAGGGCCCCGGGGCGCCGCCUCUCCGGCCGGACCUGGACCCCCAGCUUUACCUCGGCGUGGACGACCCCGCGGGCGCCCUCCUCGCUGCCCUCCGCCGCCUGCCCCCUGGCGCCCGCGCGCCACACUGUGAGAUGAGCCGCUUCGUGCCACUGCCCUCCCCUGCGAGCUGGGUCCAGCGCCUGCGCCCGGAGCAGAGCUGCCCACGGGCCCUGGACGGGGCGUGGCUGAUGGUCAGCGUGACCAGCCCGGUCCUCAGCCUCUCUAGCCUCCUGCGCUUGCAUCCUGAGCCGCAGCCAGAACCGGUGCUCAUCACCAUGGCAACAGCGGUACUCACUGUCCUCACCCACACCCCUGCUUCCCGAAUCAGACUGGGACAGGAUGCUGUACUGGACCUGAGCUUUGCCUACAUGCCCCCCACCCCUGAGCCUGCUGCGUCCUUGGCUCCAGGCCCCCCUCCCUUUGGGCUGGAGUGGCGACGCCAGCACCUGGGUAAGGGGCACCUGCUCCUGGCCGCCACUCCUGGGCUGAAUGGGCAGGUGCCGGCAGCCCAAGAGGGGGCAGUGGCAUUUGCCGCUUGGGACGACGAGCCUUGGGCUCCAUGGACUGGGAAUGGGACCUUUUGGCUGCCUGCGGUCCGGCCGUUUCAGGAGGGCACCUACCUGGCCACUGUACACCUGCCAUACCUACAAGGACAGGUGGCCCUGCAGCUCACCGUGCACAAGCCACCCAAAGUGUCACUGACGCCAGCCCCCCUCAUUUGGGCCGCCCCUGGGGAGGCUCCCCCAGAGCUGCUCUGCCUUGUGUCCCACUUCUACCCUCCUGAGGGCCUGGAGGUGGACUGGGAGCUCCAAGGCAGCCCAGAGGGCAGCUUCCGUAAGGCUCAGGGGCAGAGCUGGGUCUCGUCCCUGCAACACCAUUCAGAUGGCUCUGUCAGCCUCUCUGGGCACUUUCAGCCGCCACCGGUCACUGCUGAGCAUCAUGAGGCACGCUAUGCAUGUCGCGUCCGCCACCCUAGCCUGCCUACCUCAGUGCACCGUGCCGUGGUCACAGUGGAAGUGGCAGGCCUGUCCGGACCCUCCCUGGAGGACGGUGUAGGUCUCUUCCUGUCUGCCUUUCUGCUCCUCGGACUCAUCAAGGUGCUGUCUGGGUUGAAAACACAGUGAAGAUGAAGCCGUGGACGCUGCUGACCCCUCAGGCGUCGUGCUGCAGCGCCUCUCUACCUGGCACCUGCCACCUGCCACCUGCCCGUUCCCUGCUCUCCAACUCCUCAGGGACCUGAAAAAAGUUUUUUAAAAAAGUCAUUCUAUGGCACCUUUUUAAAUCUUAGAGCAGGGGUUCUCAAAAUGUUUGGUCACAGGACCUGUGGAAAAAAUAUCAAAGA